AUGGCCGAGGAACAAGAAUCAGCGCGAACGUUGUCAAAGACGACGUUCAAAGCGUUUUGCCGCCAACUCGAAAAAGCAAUCAGAAGCGAGAAUGCAUCCGCAUCAUUCGCUUGUGGAGGCACUAUCCCAAUCAAGGGUACCAAAGCAACCGAACAGACCAAGAGCACCCAGGAAGCAAAAGCCCAAGACAAUGGAGUGGCUCAGUUAUCUGAUCCUAUCAACAUCUUCUGGGAUUGCAAAGAUGCCACCGGGGGAGGAAAACGGACCCUUCCCUUUGACUGUUCUUCCGAUGACUCUAAUGCAAAACUUCAUCUGUUUGUUGCCGAGUGUGAACCUGCUGGAUUUGGUAGAGGUCAAGAAGCUGUCAUGGACCCAAGUUAUCGCCGGGCUGGGAAACUUGACACUGAUCACUUUAUGACCAGCUUUUAUCCUUCGGACUUUGGCAUUGUUGAGCGGAUUCAGCAAGUGUUGACCCCUGAUGCCGUAGAUGAUGAGCGACAAGAGUUUCGGCGGAUCAGAAUGGAACUCUACAAGUUGAAUGUGUAUUCCGGUCCCUCCGGUCUCUUCCAGAGUCACGUUGAUACUCCACGCUCUGAAAGCCAGAUUGGAUCCCUGGUCGUGUGCUUGCCAUCGCCUUUCAAAGGAGGCAACUUGAUGGUUCGACAUGAGGCCUUUUACAGCGAUUGCGAACAUGAGAUAAAGACGAUUACUCAUGGCGAACGCAUUACACUGACGUAUAAUCUCUACAUUACCACUGGCCCACUUGAUACCGUGACCCCUUCUACCUCGAUUCUAGAUCCGAAGACGUUGCCAUUAUACCAAGAGAUCAAGAAUGUUCUGGAAAUGCCCGGGUUUCUGAAGACAGGUGGGGUCCUCGGGACUUUCUGCACUCAUGCUUAUCCGCAUACAGCAGACAACGCAACUACUCUGCUUCCGCGGGGCCUCAAAGGAGCAGACUUGGUACUCUAUUCUGUCUUCGAUUCGUUGGGUAUCGAAGUCGAGAUGCUACCCGUUAUCAUAGGUAGUGGUGAAAAUGAUUAUUAUUACGGUUCCUCCUCCGACGAUUACGGUUCCUCCUCCGACGAUUACGGUUCCUCCUCCAACGAUUACAGUUCUUCCUCCAACGACAAACACGGCUCUGAUGACGACUACUAUACAUACGCAAAGCUAGAUGAAAAGGUCCAUAUAGGCCUUUGGCUAGAGCCUCACUUUUCUGUCGACAACUGGGAGGAUGACCCAGUGUCUCAGGUCCUCGAAGAAUAUUGGUCAGAGACAACGUUCGAGAAGCCUGUCACAUGGAUCACAUAUCCAAGAGGUGCAAACUUGCAGGAAGCGAUGGAUUAUAAGACGUACGGAAAUGAACCCACUAUGAGCACACUCUACUCGUACGCUGCUAUCCUAGCAAUCAUACCCCCAUGGGCGGAACGACAGAAAAGGGUUGGAAAAGAUGAGAAUGAGUGA